AUGGACAAGAAGAGAGCCUCAAGAGCCGGCAAACACGGGGCCGACUUGACCGCCCUCCUCCGCAAAUCUUGGUACCAUUUGCGGUUGUCCGUCAGGCACCCUUCAAGGGUCCCUACGUGGGAUGCCAUAGUACUCACCGCCGCUAGCCCUGAGCAGGCGGAGCUUUAUGAGUGGCAGCUCAAGCGAGCCAAGCGGAUGGGCCGGAUCGCUUCCUCCACCGUCACUCUCGCUGUCCCCGACCCCCAAGGCCAGCGGAUCGGAUCCGGCGCCGCCACUCUCAACGCAAUUCAUGCCUUAGCCAAGCAUUACCAGCUCCUUCAUGGCCCUGACUUCGCUGAGGUACCAAUCCCCCAAAAUGGAUGUUCUGAAUCUGUUGCACUGCCAGAAAGAGGAUCUAAGAAUGGAGACUCUGUCCUGCCAAUGGUUAAUUUCUUGGCCAAAAAGCAUAUACUACUGCUUCAUGCUGGGGGUGACUCCAAAAGGGUCCCAUGGGCUAAUCCUAUGGGGAAAGUUUUCUUGCCUCUUCCAUAUUUGGCUGCUGAUGAUCCAGAUGGGCCGGUUCCCCUUCUUUUUGACCAUAUACUGGCAAUUGCUUCAUGCACUAGACAAGCUUUCAAGAAUCAAGGUGGGAUAUUGACUAUGACAGGAGAUGUUCUUCCAUGUUUUGAUGCCUUCAGCAUGGUUAUUCCAGAAGAUGCAUCCUGCAUAGUUACUGUACCUAUCACCCUUGAUAUUGCUGCCAAUCAUGGUGUUGUGGUGGCAUCCAACACAGGAAUUGUUGCUGACAAUUAUACAGUUGGUUUAGUUGACAAUCUCCUACAACAACCUUGUCAGGAAGAACUCAUAAACAAUGAAGCAAUUUUAGAUGAUGGAAGAACCUUGCUGGAUACUGGAAUAAUCGCAGUUAGAGGCAAAGCUUGGCUCGAACUUGCUACUCUUGCAGCAUCCUGCCAACCGAUGAUCACAGAACUUCUGAGAAGCAGAAAAGAGAUGAGUUUAUACGAGGAUCUUGUAGCUGCUUGGGUGCCUGCAAAGCAUGAGUGGCUUCGGAUGCGCCCACUUGGUGAUGAACUAAUCAGAAGAUUGGGUAGCCAAAAAAUGUUCAGCUUUUGUGCCUAUGAUUUGCUGUUCUUACACUUUGGAACCUCGAGCGAAGUUUUGGAUCACUUAAGUCAGGCGAGCUCAGAACUUGUAGGCCGGAGACAUUUAUGUUCCAUUCCAGCUACAACUUCAUCUGACAUUGCCGCAUCUGCUGUAAUUCUUUCGUGCAAGAUUGAACCUGGAGUCUCAGUUGGUGAAGAUUCUGUUAUAUACGAUUCCUUGAUCUCUGGGGGAAUUCAAAUCGGUUCACUAUCUGUAGUUGUUGGUGUUAACAUCCCUAAAGAGAUAGGUGAAUUGGCAACGAGGGACUCCUUUAGGUUCAUGCUUCCAGAUCGGCAUUGUCUUUGGGAGGUUCCUUUAGUUGGAUGCACAGGAAGAGUAUUAGUGUAUUGUGGUCUUCAUGAUAACCCGAAAAACUCGAUUGCCAGCGAUGGAACUUUUUGUGGGAAGCCAUGGAAGAAACUGUUGGAUGAUUUAAGCAUUUGUGAAACUGACCUCUGGGGAUCUCUGGGUGCCCAAGAUAAGUGCUUGUGGAAAGCAAAAGUAUUCCCUAUUGUUUCUUACUUUGAAAUGCUUAAUCUGGCAUCUUGGUUGAUGGGUUUGAAGUUGAAUGGCCAAAAUCCUAGCAGCAACUUACUCUCUUUGUGGAAAAGUUCAACCCGUGUGAGUUUGGAGGAGCUUCACAGAUCCAUUGACUUCCCAAAACUGUGUCUGGGCUCAAGUAACCAUCAAGCUGAUCUGGCUGCUGGCAUUGCUAAGGCUUGUAUUGACUAUGGCAUGCUUGGACGGAACUUGUCACAAUUGUGUCAGGAAAUUUUGCAGCAGGAAACUGUAGGGAUAGAAACAUGUAAGGAAUUCCUAGCACAUUGUCCUAAACUUCAAGAGCAGAACUCUAAGAUUCUUCCCAGAAGCCGGGCUUACCAGGUGGAGAUUGAUCUCCUUCGGGCAUGUAGAGAUGAGACGACAGCUCACCAGCUGGAACACAAAGUAUGGGCUGCAGUUGCUGAUGAAACUGCUUCAGCAGUGAGAUAUGGUUUUCGAGAACAUCUUUUGGAGUGCCCCAGCGCUGAAUCUGUUUCAGCAAUUCAAGACAGCCACUUCAAGAGCAAUAUCAACCAUCCUUUCCAACCUAGAAGCGUGAAGGUUGAGUUACCUGUUCGUGUGGAUUUUGUUGGAGGAUGGAGCGACACUCCUCCUUGGAGUUUGGAGCGUGCUGGAUGUGUGCUCAACAUGGCAAUAAGCUUGGAAGGCUGCCAUCCAAUUGGCACCAUCAUCGAGACGACACAAAGCACCGGAGUUCUGAUCAAUGAUGAUGCCGGACACGAGUUAUAUCUGCACGCACCCACCUCGAUUGCUGCCCCUUUCGAUGAAAAUGACUCAUUCCGACUGGUCAAAUCUGCUCUACUAGUUACCGGCGUACUCCACCAUAGAGACAUUGUGAAGGGAUUGCAGAUAAGGACGUGGGCUAAGGUGCCGCGUGGCAGUGGGUUGGGCACUUCGAGCAUUCUGGCAGCAGCAGUUGUGAAGGGUCUUCUGAUGAUAACUGACGGAGAUGCUAGCAAUGAAAACGUUGCGAGGCUAGUUCUGGUGUUGGAGCAGCUCAUGGGUACAGGGGGCGGCUGGCAGGACCAAAUUGGAGGGUUAUACCCAGGCAUCAAGUUCACCACCAGUUUCCCUGGUGUACCCUUGAGGCUUCAAGUUAUUCCUCUGCUGCCUUCUUCUCAGCUCUUGUCGGAGUUGCAACAGAGAUUGCUCGUGGUCUUCACCGGUCAAGUUCGGCUGGCACAUCAAGUCCUACAGAAGGUGGUGAUGAGAUAUCUUAGACGUGACAACCUCUUGAUAUCCAGCAUCAAGCGUCUGGCGGAGCUUGCAAAAUUGGGGAGGGAAGCUUUGAUGAACUGCGACGUGGACGAGCUUGGGGAGAUCAUGAUUGAAGCAUGGAGGCUGCAUCAGGAACUUGACCCUUACUGCAGCAACCAGUUUGUGGACAAACUUUUUACAUUUGCUGAGCCUUACUGCUGCGGGUACAAGCUCGUUGGAGCCGGGGGCGGGGGAUUUGCUUUGUUGCUUGCCAAGGAAGCAGCCUCUGCAAAGGAAUUGAGGCGCAAGCUAGAACAAGACUUCAGCUUGGACGUUAAGGUCUACAAUUGGAGCAUCUUAGAAAGUUGA